UACGUCAGCUGCUGUAGGAAAACACGAAUUCUUUCACCAAAUAUAUCUGAAGUUAAGCUAUGAUUUUAUGAAGAUGAUUUCAGAAUAACAAUUGGAAAGUGAAAUAUUUAUACAAAAUUAAAAACUGCCAGAUUCAAAUAGUUUCUAGAUUUAUUUUCCAAAUUUAAAGACCAUCAUGAUCAUUCGAAUGAUGUACGUCCUCCCCAUGAUUCUCGGGAGGACAUAUGACAUGAGGACACAUACUGUGGGAGUAGACUUAUUUCCUCGAGAAGAUAUUGCGCAGCCAAGGGUCAUUCAGGAAUCCUUCUACAACUCCAACUUUAGGACGAUAGAAACAUCUGCAGAUGUGAAAGAAGUUUUAGAUAUCUAUGGAGACCUGUCACUUAAUAUCAAGGCUGGGACUUUUACCAUUGGCGGAGUUGGCGCUUAUGUCAAAAGCAGUGUGCAAACUCAGAAUUCAGUCGAUAUCUUGGUGAAAGUCAGAUUCAGAACGAUAUCGGAAAGUCUGCCAUUUAAUAUAAAACCUGUGAAAAUGUGGAAAACUGUAGGGAAGUCAAAUCUGGGGACUCACUACGUUCAGAGCAUUCUUUAUGGAGGAGAUCUCAUUGCCUGCAUUCGCUUUAAGGCUCUGAACUCGGAAGAUCUCCAAGAGAUUCGAGCCACCAUCACGUCUUCGAUAUCAGCUGGAAACGUCCUUGAUCUAGUUGGUGAAGGAAAAUUGGAGUCACUAGAUCGACAGCUGAAGAGAAAAGCAACAAUGGAAAUAAAUUAUUUCGCUACAGUGCCACUAGAGGGCGUUCCUAACACUAUUCAAGGACUUCGAGAUCUAGUGAAGAAUUUUAAGGAUCACGUGGCAAAAGUGAAUAAUGGUAGCGGAGUUCCUGUCGAGGUUGAACUUGUGGAACUAUCUAACUUCGACAGAGAAUUCGAAUACAUAAAGAAUUUGGAAUUAGAAACAGAAUUAGAGUUAUUCGAAAUUUAUUUGGACGAUCUAUUAGGUACUAAGAACCGCAUACAGACAAUGCUUUUUGAAUACAGAGAUAUUUUAACCAAUGAAGAAGUGAGAGAGAUAGCCGACAUCAGCGGGAGGGUAAGCAAAAUCCUUCGUUCGUUUGUGGCCACCAUCGCAAAUUUGGACACCGAGAAGAAUUCGCAGCAGCUGAAUCCAGCCAAGGAAGCCUACACGGAAGGAACUGGUAGGCAGAUGCCUGGAAAAUUCAAGCGGCUGCUCAACAAGAUAGUGAAAAAGAUUGCUGCAAGUACGUUGCCCCUCUAAGUCACCUAAGUUCCAAGAUUCUUGUAAAAAAAGUGAUGAGCAAAAGCAGUUUUCUAUAUACACCCAGUACGGUUCAAGCAAAUGUUCAGAAAAUAAAAAUACUAACCCGAUAUAUUCUGGAUAUGUAGCUUCAAGCCCUAAGAACCAUAUCGGAUCUGGUGUAAAUAUGCUUUGUUUACCGAAAACUCCUGUGGAUGUAUCUUCUGAACCAACUUUGCCAAAAAAUAAUAGUAUUAUCGCAGGAGUUAAAUACGGAGAAUUAAAGACAAGGCCUUUCAAUUUCUUCGAUAGUAAGAUCGUUUUCAAUGGUGUGGUCUGUUCUGUAUGCCUUGUGAAUGCUCAGACUGUGUAUACAUUUUAUGGUUUACAAGAUUGUCCUGAGUCAGGCGGAUGGGAGCUGCAAUAUGCUGGUUACGCCAUGAUAUCAGAAACGAUGAAGUCUGAGACGAUAUGCAUCGAUUCGAAGCUGGAAGCUCAUCAGGACAGCUAUGUAGGUCUCCAUGAUCAGAGCCUAAAAUUCGUUGUAGCAAAACACCCCGAAAAGAAUGUAAACGUAUUUAUGCCUUGCGCUGUGUGUUCGAAAUAAAGAAAUUACUGUUA